AUGGACUUCUCCGAUAUCUUUCGCAUGGUGAACUUCGCCGUCGCCGCCUUUAUUGUGCUCGGUGGUGUCGCGAAAUUGUUCCCUUUCAACGACUUCUCAAAUAUCAUACUCGGUGUUUACCUGAUCAUCUUCGGUGCCGGUACUGCCCUGCUUGAGUUCCAGAUUCCCCAGCAGGUCGCACGCUAUGCGUCUUUCAUGUUCUCCUUCCUCGGCCGUGGUAUCUUCUACGUUUUCAUCGGUUGCGUAACUGUUGGUAACGGCUGGUACCGCAUUGUUCCUGGUACCAUUGUUGGCAUCAUUGGUCUUGCCUAUGCUGUUCUGGAGUACAUCCCUUCGAUUGAGCCCCCUGCGAAUAUGCGCGAUGCCGACGCUGGCUGGGGCGCUGAGCAGGUCUAA